AUGGCGCGCCGGGGCGGCAGGGCGCCUCCGCCUCCUCGCCCCGCCGCCGCCGCCCGCUUCCCAGGAGGCCGGCCUCCGCGCCCUCGGCCUCCUCGACUUCGUCCGCCUGCGCCUCGACGACGCCCCCCCCCCCCCCCCCCCCCCCCCCCCCCGCGCCGCCGCGACCUCGUGGCCGCGCUCGUCGCCAACUACAAGCAGUUCUACGAGUGGAGCUACGCGCGCGGCGCCUUCGUCAAGGUCAGCCUCGAUGCCUUCGCCGAGGCGCUCCGCCUCCCGCCUCCGACGGAGGGCCCACCCGACGCCGCCGCCGCCGCGCCCCCCGGGCUGGCCUCCGCCGCGGAGUGGUUCAUCGAGGCGUACAUCCUGAAUCCGCUGCGCGCGCGCCGCCGCCGCGGAGGGAAGGCCGGGCAAGAUAACAGCAUGAAAUCAAUGAAAUCGUUGAAUAAGGCUCUGUUAUCUAGGGAAAGGAAGACCAAUGCUCAGUUGUUAGAUAGUCGGUGGGCUCUGGUUACUAAGGAAAUCAAGAGCAACGGUGACUUGAAAAGCCUUCGGGAUGAGCUAGCCGAGCUGCAGGAUGGGAUGCAAUUGAUGGGGCUGCUCAACCGGAAUCUCCUCACCGAGAAAGAAGUGAUGAACAGUGAGUUGGUAGGAGUGCAAGAGGAGCUGGGAGAAGCAAGGAAGCAGCUAAUGCAGCUAGAUAAUAGCAUGAAAUCAAUGAAAUCAGCGAAUAAGGUUCUGUUUUCUAGGGAAAGGAAGAGCAAUGCUCAGUUGUUAGAUAGUCGGUGGGCUCUGGCUACUAAGGAAAUCAAGAGCAACGGUGACUUCAAAAGCCUUCGGGAUGAGCUAGCCGAGCUGCAGGAUGGGAUGCAAUUGAUGGAGCUGCUCAACCAGAAUCUCCUCACCGAGAAAAAAUCAAUGAACACCGAGUUGGUUGGACUGCAGGAGGAGCUGGGAGAAGCAAGGAAGCAGCUAAUGCAGCUAGAUGAUAGCAUGGAAUCAAUGAAAUCGUUGGGUAAGGUUCUAUUUUAUAGGGAAAGAAAAAGCAAGGCUCGGUUGCUACAUACUCGGUGGGCUCUGGUUACCAAGGAAAUCAAGAGCAACGGUGACUUAAAAAGCCAUCAGGAAGAGCUAGCCGAGCUGCAGGAUGGGAUGCAAGAAUUGAGAUCCCUCAACCAGGUUAUGUGUUCUAGGGAAAGAGAAAUCAGUGGUCGGUUGCUAGAUACUCGGUGGGCUAUGGUUACCAAGGAAAUCAAGAGCAACGGUGACUUACGAAACCUCCGGGAAGAGCUGGCCGAGCUGCGGGAUGGGAUGCAAGGACUAGAAUCCCUCAACCAGGUCCUGGUUACUAAGAGCGUAAGAGACAACGACAAACUGCAAGCGGCUCGGAAAGAGUUGAUCGAUGGCUUGAAUGUGGCUACAAAUGGCAGGGCAAACAUAGGCCUGAAGAGGAUGGGGGAGCUUGAUUCAAAAGCGGUUGCAAAUGCUUGCAGACCGAGAUUGUCACAAAAGAAAACUCUUAUUCUUUGUUCCAAGUGGGAGGCUGAAAUCAGAAACGCAGGUUGGCACCCUUUUAAGGUCAUCAUGGUUGACGAUCAGCCCAUGGAAAUUUUCUUAGACGAUGAUGACAAGCUUCUGGAGCUAAAACAAGAACAUGGUGACGAAAUGUUCGCCUUGGUGAAACAGGCGCUGAUUGAAAGGAACAAGUACAACCCCAGUGGUGGCUAUCCUGAAACGUUGCUGUGGAACUUCAAGCACAGUCGGGAGGCAACAAUGGAAGAAGCCGUCCAAUUCAUUGUAAAAAAGUGUUGUGCAAAGAAGAGGAAGCAUUGAGCCCAUAUAUCUAGGAGCUGGGGGUUUGCCGCCUUUCUUUGGAAAACCCAUGGAUAUGCACUGUGAAGCAGGCAUAAUUUAAAAUGUUCCUUUUCAUCGAAAAAAGAAAAGAAAAAGUAGACAUAAUGUAAUUUUGGUGCUAUCAGAUUAGAUGUAGGUGGUGGCUGUUAAUAUCGUGCAACUAGAUUAACCAUGAAGUAGAGAAACCUCCAUCUGACUGGGGGGGUUGCAGAUUUGUAACUGGUUGCUAAUUUGGUAGUCAGAGCAAUGGGGGUUGCAGAUUUGCAUGGCAGCAAUGUGCUACUCUUUCAUUGACAUAUAUGGUACUUUGAGCAAGUGUACAAACCCUUU